UUUAACUUCACAUGCUCACACACAAUCUGCCUGAGUAGGGAGUUGCAGCCACAGACUGCAGGUGUUCUUAAAAAGACUGCCAACAUGUCGUUGUCAAAGGGGGCUAGUUUGGGCUGGUAUCAGAGAUAUUUAUUGGGGAUAAAAUCCCACCAGGACAUGAAGAUUAUUGAAAUACAGAAAUGCGAAGAUAUUCUCUUUACAAUACUCGACAGGGUUUAUCAGCAAGACAGCAGAUUCCAGGUGGAUUACUCCAGGGAGCUGGCGUGCUUUGAAAACAGCUCUCAGGACAGAGUUAGUGAAUUGGACAUGGAGGUGCCUCCACUCAACGAUUUGUCCUUAAGGAUGGAAGAGAGUUGUGACACCUCUGUGGACGGAAUCUCAGAUCAAAUCCAGACAAGAAAGGGAUUUGUUUACCUGGCCGUUUCAAAGGCAAGUGAAGGCAGAUGGCUUGAGAAUGACCUAUUCCACAGGCUUCCCAAAUCAUCCCAGUGCAGUGGGCAUAUUGUUCCAGGCAAAGUCAUAAAUGUCCUGAAAGAGCUUCUCAAAGGAGCUAUUGUUUACUGUGAGCAGAAUUCCUUCUCAGACCCAGGAGAUGUGAAUGCUUCUUUGUUAAAUUGUGAUGGUCCCAGGAUAACACUGGUUCUAAGAAAUUUGAUGAAGCCCUUACGAGUUAAUAUCAUUCCAGUACUUCGGAGAACCAAUGACUUUUCAGAGUUUAUAAGUGAGGAUGAGAAGAUGUUUCCUGAGCCAAUUAAUCAGGUGGCACUCUCAAACACUGACAUCUGCAAUGGAACUUAUUAUCACUGGAGAUUUAGUUUUGAGCGACCGAUGAAAAAGUUGCUUGAGAAAGCAGAUGCUGAUGGAGGCCAUCGGCUUGACAGCCUGUGCCUUCUGGACAGAAUUAACUCUGACCACUGGCUCCCAGAGCAAAACAAGAGAGGACUCAAAUUUAAACAUUUUAAGACGGUGUUACUUUGGGCCAUGAAGUUUUUUCCAUCUUCCGAAGACUGGGUUGACAUGGAGACAUCUGUUUAUCGGAUGUUGGUGGUGUUGCUACGAUGCCUUGUCCUCAGGGAACUCCCCAACUACUUCAUGCCUGAGAUCAACAUUUUCGAUGAAGAUUUUCAGCCACCGUUUGAUUUUCAAACUGUCUACAAGAAGGUAGAAGAUUUUGCUGGCUUCCCUGAGAAAUGCCUCCAGAUACAUCUGACCCACCUCCUGCCUGCACAGCGCCGACACAUUGACAGUUACGUAAAGAUGCUGCUGCAAAUCCAGGACAGCGAGGGUCUCUACUGGAACACGGCUUAUUUUGAUGUUAUUCUGAACAAGUUCCAGGUUUACCAUGUCCAAGAUGUUGACAGAAUUGGGGCCAUGCAGCUCAUCUGGUCAAAAACCGCCAAACUGGUGACCGAUGAAGGAUGCUCAUCAUAGCCAUGAACGAUGCUCAUCGUCAUCCAAGAAUAAUGUUCAUCGUGACUCAAGGAGGUGGUGCAGCUUAACUCAUUACAGAAGGGGCCACACGUCUGCAGAUAAGAUGAAAAACACAGCCCUUCUGCACACUACGGCAGUCUGGACCAAUACCCCAUACCUACAAUCAUACCUACUAUUGAAUGCACUACAUCCCAUAUCCAAUCUGAUGUAGAAUACAGCACAACCCUUUGGACACAUCUACAAUAGACGGGUUCAUGAAAACUCUUAAAAAGAUGCUUAAUGGAUAUGAAGAAAAGACUAAAAAAGUGGAGGAAGUACAACUGUUGUCAAUCUACUUUUUGCAAAGUCCAAAUUAUACACUUUACUGUAUAGUUUGGGCUUAAAUUUUUCCAUGCAUAUGUCUAAACUAUGCAGUUAAGUUAAAACUAUAAUAAGCAUAGUGUCACCUCUUGACAUAGUGUCAAUUGCUUGGCUUGAAUGUGUGAAAUUUUACAUUAAACAAUUUGCAUUUCCAGGCUCAUCUUACAGAAUCACUCAGAAUACUUUAUAAACAAAGCAAUGACGAAUCAUCGAGGAACAGAUAUGUAUUUUCCAAACAAGGUUAUGUCUGGAAAGUCUUUCUCCGUGGCUUACCAUCUACUGUAGUGUACAGCGCAAUGAACCAAUUCCCAUCUAUUUCCUACAAUUUGCCUCACCCAGAAUGGAUCAUUCUUCACUAUUUCCCCCGCUUCCAUAUGAAACCGCCAUCAGCAUUUAAAAAGGACAGUUCCCUGUUGCGAAUUCUCAGUCAGCUUUUCCAUCCCCACCACUUUCUCAUCUGAAGGCACAUUCCCAUACUACUGUAGGGGAUGCAGUAUCUGGCCUUGCAGCUCUUCCCUUCCUAUUAUUAAGGAACACAAACAAUCUUUCCAGAUGAAGCAGUGAUUCAAUUGCAUUUCUCAAAAUCUGGAUCACUGCAUUUGGUGAUGACAGUGUAGUCUCCUCUGCAAGAUUGAAACCAGCCAGCUUGUGUCAUCUUUGCAGAACACCUGCCUCCAAUCCCCCUUGAUUGACAGUGACUUACGGUUCUCUGUCUUUUCUAUUCUCCAUCCCAUUCGCACUCUGACGUAUCAGAGUAUGUAAAAGACACUUGGGACAGGUACAUGGAUCUGAAGGGUUUAGAGGGAUAUGGGCCAAACGCGGGCAAAUGGGAAAUAGUUCCUCAACCCAACUGGUCAAUGCCGACUAAUGUGGGGCAUCUUUCUCUGCAUAGCCAAGUUGGGCCGAAGGCCCUUUUUCCAUGAUCUAAGUGUCUAUCCUGCACUGUUACAACAAUGCCCAACACAACUUGAAGAACAACUCAUCUUUCUCUGCCUGCAUCAGGACUGGCCAUUUCCAGUCAUCAAUCCGUGAUAUUGAUUCCGUUUUUUCCCCUCUCCAUUAGUACAGCCUAAUCUGCAGGACAUGUUUCACAAUCCUGCUAUUAGCAACAACAAAUCAUAAAAAGAAGUGUCAUCAUCAUCUAGCAGCCCCAACCAAUCUAUUGUACCUGGUCUCACCCUAUCACAAAUAUUCCCUUGGCUCUAUCCAUUGUUCCCAUAUCUUCUCCGCAACUUAAAAUCUAAUCUUUUUUUUUUUUCUUUCCCAGUUCUGAUGAAGGACUGAAAU